UUCUGUGCUAUCGUUUUAAAAAUAGUCCAGUUCGGUGCUGUGCUUCAAACGAAAAAUUCGCCGCUUUAUUAUACUGAUCUGUGUUCCGAUUAAAUUUUUUAAAUGUAAAAAAACUUAUACGAUAAAUUAAACCCCCAAGAUGGUGGCCGAGACCGACGGGGGCUCCGAACAGGACGAUGUUUCGUUCCUGCGAACGGAAGACAUGGUCUGUCUCUCCUGCACUGCGACUGGUGAGAGGGUUUGUUUGGCUGCUGAAGGCUUUGGCAAUCGACACUGCUUUUUAGAAAAUAUUGCAGAUAAGAAUAUCCCACCUGACUUAUCCCAAUGCGUGUUCGUGAUUGAACAAGCGCUUUCAGUCCGUGCUUUGCAAGAAUUAGUGACAGCAGCCGGUAAUGAAACCGGUAAAGGUACAGGAUCUGGCCAUCGUACGUUGCUUUAUGGAAAUGCUAUUCUUUUAAGACACCAAAAUAGUGAUAUGUACCUAGCAUGCCUUUCCACAAGUUCAAGCAACGACAAACUGGCAUUCGAUGUCGGUUUGCAAGAACACAGUCAGGGUGAAGCUUGUUGGUGGACCGUACACCCUGCUAGCAAACAAAGAUCUGAGGGUGAAAAGGUCAGGGUAGGAGAUGAUUUGAUUUUAGUUUCAGUUGCAACAGAAAGAUAUUUACAUACAACCAAAGAAAACGAGCUUUCCAUAGUAAAUGCCAGUUUCCAUGUAACCCACUGGUCUGUCCAACCAUAUGGCACUGGUAUAUCCCGUAUGAAAUAUGUAGGUUAUGUCUUUGGAGGCGAUGUGCUCAGGUUUUUUCAUGGAGGCGACGAGUGCCUUACGAUACCCUCCACGUGGAGUACUGAAGAAUCACAUAACAUUGUCAUUUAUGAAGGUGGCAGUGUAAUGUCACAAGCCAGAUCUCUUUGGAGGUUGGAAUUAGCUAGGACCAAGUGGGCAGGUGGUUUUAUCAAUUGGAGUCAUCCAAUGAGAAUAAGACAUAUUACCACUGGUCGGUAUUUGGCUGUUAAUGAAAAUAACGAGCUGUAUCUCGUCUCUAGAGAAGAAGCUACUACAGCUUUAACAGCGUUUUGCUUAAGACAUGAAAAAGACGACCAAAAGGUGGUUCUCGAAGAUAAAGAUCUGGAAGUUAUUGGCUCAGCUAUUAUUAAAUAUGGUGAUUCCACCGUUAUAGUUCAACAUUCAGAAUCUGGUUUAUGGCUGUCUUACAAGGCGUACGAAACGAAAAAAAAAGGCGUCGGGAAAGUGGAAGAAAAACAAGCAGUACUACAUGAAGAAGGAAAAAUGGACGAUGGUUUAGACUUUAGUAGAAGUCAAGAAGAGGAAUCGCGCACCGCCAGGGUUAUUCGUAAAUGCAGCUCUCUGUUUACGCAAUUUAUAAAUGGAUUGGAAAGUUUACAAGUUAACAGAAGGCAUUCAAUGUUUUUCCAGGUCGUAAAUCUUGCCGAAAUGGUAAUGUGCUUGGAAGAUCUAAUUAAUUACUUUGCUCAACCGGAAGACGACAUGGAACAUGAAGAGAAGCAAAACCGGCUUAGAGCCUUAAGGAAUCGUCAAGACUUAUUCCAAGAGGAGGGCAUCCUAAACCUCAUUUUAGAAGCCAUAGAUAAAAUCAAUGUUAUAACAUCCCAAGGAUUCUUGGCUGCGUUAUCUGGAGAUCAAAGCUGGGAAAUGAUUUCUGGAUAUUUAUAUCAACUACUUGCAGCCAUUAUUAAAGGAAACCACACGAAUUGUGCUCAAUUUGCCAAUUCAAAUCGUCUGAACUGGUUGUUUUCGAGAUUGGGAUCCCAAGCUUCAAGCGAAGGUACUGGAAUGCUGGACGUACUUCACUGCGUCUUGAUCGAUUCUCCCGAAGCCCUUAACAUGAUGCGAGAUGAGCAUAUUAAAGUCAUAAUUUCGUUACUAGAAAAGCAUGGCAGAGAUCCAAAAGUUCUUGACGUACUAUGCUCUCUAUGUGUCGGUAAUGGAGUCGCUGUACGCAGUUCACAGAAUAAUAUUUGUGACUAUUUGCUUCCUGGAAAAAAUUUGUUGUUACAAACGCAACUUGUCGACCACGUCGCUAGUGUUAGGCCGAACAUAUUUGUCGGUAGAGUAGAAGGUAGUGCUAUCUAUCAAAAGUGGUACUUCGAAGUCACAGUAGAUCAUUUAGAACAAACAACUCACAUGAUGCCCCACUUGAGGAUAGGCUGGGCCAAUUCCAAAGGAUACAUUCCUUAUCCCGGUGGUGGUGAGAAAUGGGGCGGCAACGGAGUGGGCGAUGACCUCUAUUCGUUUGGUUUUGACGGUGCUUUUUUGUGGACCGGCGGAAGAUCUACGCAGGUUGUUUUGGAAGUAACCGAACCUUAUAUCAGGAAAAACGAUGUUAUCGGUUGUGCCUUAGAUCUGACUGUUCCUCAGAUAGCCUUCACACUGAACGGGAAUCCUAUUAGAGGAAGUUUUAAGAAUUUUAAUUUAGAUGGAAUGUUCUUCCCUGCUAUAAGUUGUUCGUCCAAACUGAGUUGUCGUUUUUUGCUUGGUGGUGACCAUGGCAAACUAAAAUUCUGCCCUCCAGAAGAUUUCUCACCGUUAGUUGAAAGUUUACUUCCACAACAAAUUUUAAACUUAGAUCCAUGUUUUUAUUUCGGAAAUAUGAAUAAAAAUGUUAUUGCCGGGCCGCUAUAUAUUGAAGACGAUACAGCCUUUGUACCGAACCCUGUAGAUACAUCAAUGGUAAGUCUUCCAUCUUAUAUCGAAUCAAUAAAGGACAAAUUAGCUGAAAACAUCCACGAAAUGUGGGCAAUGAAUAAAAUUGAGGCCGGAUGGGCUUGGGGAGAGUAUAGAGAUGAUUUAAGGCAUAUUCAUCCGUGUUUGGUGCCUUUUGAUAAAUUACCACCUGCUGAGAAAAGAUAUGACUCCCAGUUAGCUGUUCAAACUUUAAAGACAAUAAUAGCUCUUGGUUACUAUAUAACCAUGGACAAGCCUCCAUCCAGAAUAAAGACGGUUAGGUUGCCCAACGAGCCGUUUUUACAAGGUAACGGAUAUAAGCCGGCGCCUUUGGACUUAAGCGCCAUACAUUUGACCCCCAAAUUGGAAGAGUUAGUCGAUCAGCUGGCGGAAAACACCCAUAACCUUUGGGCAAAGGAAAGAAUUCAACAGAACUGGACUUAUGGGUUAAACGAGGACCCAGAUAUGUUGCGCAGCCCCCAUUUAGUACCGUACGGAAAAGUAGAUGAGGCGAUUAAAAAAGCCAACAGAGACACCGCUUCUGAAACAGUAAGAACUUUGUUAGUCUACGGUUAUAUAAUCGAUCCCCCUACAGGUGAACAACAAGAAACUUUACUGGCUGAAGCUAGUAAACUUAGACAACAAGCGUUUAGAACAUACCGAGCGGAGAAAAACUACGCAGUAAGCUCGGGAAAAUGGUAUUUUGAAUUUGAAAUUCUAACCGCUGGACCGAUGAGAGUCGGUUGGGCUAAAGCUGACUGUGCCCCUGGAUCCAUGCUUGGUUCUGAUGAAAACACUUGGGCCUUUGAUGGUUAUAAUGAAGAAAAAGUCUAUACAAAUUCGGCGGAAUCCUUCGGGAAACAGUGGCAGGUCGGGGAUGUGGUCGGAGUUUUCUUAGAUUUAAUCGACCACACGAUAAGCUUCUCUUUGAAUGGAGAGUUGCUUAUGGACGCUUUAGGAGGUGAAACUACUUUUGCUGACGUACAGGGCGACAAUUUUGUUCCCGCUUUCACUUUAGGCGUUGGACAGAAAGCCAGGCUUUGUUUUGGCCAAGAUGUUAAUCAGCUAAAAUACUUUACAACGUGCGGGUUACAGGAAGGAUAUGAACCAUUUUGUGUUAACAUGAACCGUGCAGUGACCUACUGGUACACUAAAGACCAACCGAUUUUCGAAAACACUGACGAUAUGCCUGAUACUAAAAUCGACGUGACAAGAAUUUUAGCAGGAUCUGACAGCCCUCCAUGCCUGAAAAUCAGCCAUAACACUUUCGAAACGAUGGAAAAAGCAAACUGGGAAUUUUUGAGACUUAGUUUACCCGUUAUUUGUCAUUCUGAAUUCAUUACCGAAGAUGAAAAGAUGCGAAGGUGGAACGAAAUUAAAAUCAGACAGCACCGACUGAAGGCAGAAGUUGAAAACCAAUUGACACCAAAUCCGGCUCAUAUAGAAAAUAUUAUGAAGAGUGGUUUUUCAAUGACUGACAUUAAAGGUCUGCAUCGUAAUUAUUCAGAAGAUGCAGUCGAAUCGGAUGAAGUGAUGAAGCAUCAGCAGCAACAUUUAUCGCGCAAUGUAACGCACGGAAAAACAAUGCCAGCUAGGCCACCCCGUAAAGGUUCUUUAUCUAGAACGAACGCUAAUGGUUUUGAUGAAAAUUAUUUAAACAUGAAUGGGAGCAGAGGAGUGCAUCGAUCUACAAGCGAACUAGAUAUGCAAAGAUAUUAUGAUACCGCACCGCAGAAUGUCGAAAAGGGCGGAGAAAAAGAGAAAAAAAGGGGCAGAUCACCAUUCAGAUUUUUCUCGAAAAAGCGAGGCGAUACGACGAGCGCUGAACGUACUAAAAUUAAGAAGGCCAGAACUCCAGAGCCACAUUCUGUCAGAAUGGCUGAUGGUAUGACUCCAUCUGCUCGCUCUGUUGGUUUAUCCAAUAAUAUGCUAUCUAGAAGCCCAACUAUGAAACAAUCCCAGGGUGAUUCUCUUCAAGUACCAUCUGCACCGCAGCAAAAGCAACUUUCAGUGCCACAAACCUCCGACAUUGAAUCGGUGGGAAACGAAAUCUACGAUGCGGAAUGUCUUAAACUAAUUAACGAGUAUUUUUACGGCAUUCGAAUUUUCCCUGGUCAAGAUCCCACUCAUACUUAUGUAGGCUGGGUUACCACACAGUACCACUGCUUUGACAAGGAAUUUAAUCAGAAUCAUGUUUUAAAGUCGUCGGUGAUUAUUGCUGAUGAUUACGAUCGGAUUGUUGAUCAAAUUGAUAGGCAAUCAUGCUAUAUGGUAAGAGCAGAUGAACUUUACAACCAAGUGACACAAGAUGCUUCUGGUAAAGGAGCCUCACAGGGAAUGUUUAUUGGCUGUUUCUUGGAUGCUGCUACUGGGUAUAUUAGCUUUACGUGUGACGGCAAACCAACUUCACAUAAAUUUAAGAUGGAACCAGAAACAAAACUAUUUCCAGCAAUAUUCGUCGAAGCUACUAGUAAAGAAAUAAUGCAGAUUGAAUUAGGCAGAACAUCGACGAGUCUACCUUUAUCUGCGGCAGUAUUACAAAACAGUUCAAAGCAUGUUAUUCCUCAAUUUCCUCCCAGAUUAAAAGUGCAAUGCUUAAAACCUCAUCAGUGGGCUAGGGUCCCAAAUAAUAACCUUCAAGUCCAUGCCCUUAAACUGUCAGAUAUUAGAGGUUGGUCCAUGUUAUGCGAGGACCCAAUUUCGAUGCUCGCCCUUCACAUACCAGAAGAAGACCGCUGCAUCGAUAUUUUAGAGUUAAUAGAGAUGGACAAACUAUUAAGUUUCCAUGCUCACACUUUAACACUUUACUCCGCUCUAUGUUACCAGAGCAACUACAGAGCUGCGCACGCGUUAUGUUGGCACGUGGACCAGAAACAAUUACUUUAUGCUAUUAAAUCAGAAUACAUGAGCGGGCCAUUGAGGCAAGGGUUUUACGAUUUGCUGAUUUCCUUGCAUUUGGAGGCUACUGCUACCACAAUGGAAGUCUGCAAAAAUGAAUACGUAAUUCCAAUUGGGCAAGGGUUGAAAGAUCUCUACGAGGAUCCUGAAAUGGGACAUAGUUUGCGGAAGCUGCAAAUGGAAUCGGUCGUACCACAAAUGAAAAUGUCCGAUAUAAGCGAAAACAUUGAGAACAUCAAAUGUUUGUACUCUCCCUAUUUUCCACUUGACAUUGUGAGGGACUAUAUUAUGACAGCUCUGGCAGAAUCAGUGGAAAUCAAUCAAGUUCACAACAGAGAUCCUAUAGGUGGAUCAAAUGAAAACCUGUUUUUACCUUUACUAAAAUUAGUGGACCGUCUAUUGUUAGUCGGCAUGCUAAGUGACGAAAACGUUGAGAAGCUUCUCAUAAUGAUAUGUCCAGAAACCUGGGAUCCAACAUUUGAGAAAGAUGGAAAAGACGAACACAGAAAAGGUUUACUUCAAAUGAAAAUGGCAGAGGGAGCCAAACUGCAAAUGUGCUACCUAUUGCAGCACUUAUGCGACAUCCAGUUACGGCAUCGUGUGGAAUCCAUUAUUGCGUUUAGCCACGAUUUUGUAGGAGAAUUACAAACCGACCAGCUAAGACGCUACAUAGAAAUUAAACAAUCCGACUUACCGUCGGCCGUGGCCGCUAAAAAAACAAAAGAGUUCAGGUGUCCCCCCAGGGAACAGAUGAACGCCAUUUUGUGUUUUAAAAACAUGGAAGAAGAGGACAAAGAAAAUUGCCCCCUUGGCGAUGAUUUAUGCGAAAGGAUGAACACUUUUCAUAGUCAGCUUUUAACCCAUGUGUCCCUUCAAGCUCUUCAGGCUCCGGAAGAAGAGGAAAAUCCAGAGAAUCAGGUUAAACCAGGGCCUUUAAAGAAGCUGUAUAAUAUUAUCAAUGCUGUUAAAGAGUUGGAGGAGGAGCCAAAACCAGAACCUGAACCAGAAAGGAAAACUCCUGAAGAAGUAUUUAGGAAGAUAUUAAUUAGCACAAUAGUUAGAUGGGCCGAGGAGGCACAAAUUGAAAUGCCUAAUUUGGUUCAGGAAAUGUUUAGCCUUUUGGUGCGACAAUAUGACUCAGUGGGAGAACUAAUAAGAGCCUUAGAAAAAACUUACAUUAUAAACGCAAAAACCAAAAUCGAUGUUGCCGAGAUGUGGAUAGGUCUUAGCCAAAUUCGUGCGCUGCUCCCAGUUCAAAUGUCGCAAGAGGAAGAAGAUCUUAUGAGAGAGAGGCUAUGGAAACUCGUUAAUAACCACACUUUUUUCCAACAUCCAGAUUUAAUUCGGGUCUUAAGGAUUCAUGAGAAUGUGAUGGCCGUUAUGAUAAACACACUCGGUAGGAGGUCGCAGGCUCAGUCAGAUGCGAGUACUCAAGCUCCUAACCCUGAAGGAGAAACUGGUGCCAGUAAAGAGAAAGAUACUUCGCACGAAAUGGUGGUGGCCUGUUGCCGUUUCUUAUGCUACUUUUGCAGAACUGGGCGGCAAAAUCAAAAAGCCAUGUUUGAACAUUUUGAUUUCUUGCUGGACAAUAGUAACAUUCUCUUAUCUAGACCUAGUCUGCGAGGUUCUACCCCCUUAGACGUAGCAUAUUCUUCACUUAUGGAGAACACAGAAUUAGCACUGGCUUUGAGGGAACAUUAUUUAGAAAAAAUUGCCAUAUAUUUGUCUAGGUGCGGGCUUCAGUCUAAUACCGAACUUGUCGAGAAGGGUUAUCCAGAUUUAGGUUGGGAUCCAGUAGAAGGCGAAAGAUAUUUAGAUUUCUUAAGAUUCUGCGUUUGGGUGAACGGCGAAAGCGUGGAAGAAAACGCCAAUUUAGUUAUUCGACUUUUGAUCCGCAGACCGGAGUGUUUGGGACCCGCUCUUAGAGGUGAAGGCGAAGGUCUUUUAAAGGCAAUCGUCGAUGCCAACAAGAUGUCAGAGAGGAUCACCGAUCGACGAAAAAUGCUCGAGGACGCGCCCGAAGGCACAGUCAACCUGCAGAACUUUUCGCAUCCUUUGCCCGAAAGCGACGACGAUGAGGACUAUAUAGACACCGGGGCGGCUAUUUUAAAUUUCUAUUGUACCUUAGUAGAUUUGCUCGGAAGAUGUGCUCCAGACUCUGCUGUCAUUUCAUUGGGUAAAAACGAAUCUUUACGUGCAAGAGCCAUUCUACGUUCACUGGUCCCUCUAGAAGAUCUUCAAGGUGUUUUAAGUUUAAAAUUCACGCUCCAUAAUCCUGCUCAAGGUGAAGAGAGGCCGAAGUCGGAUAUGCCCUCUGGCUUGACUCCGCCACACAAACAAUCGGUAGUUCUGUUUCUCGAGAGGGUCUAUGGCAUCGAAACUAGAGAGUUAUUCUUUAAGUUGCUUGAAGAAGCUUUCUUACCCGAUUUGAGGUGUGCCACCAUGCUUGAUAGGCAUGAUGGUAGCGAAUCUGACAUGGCUCUGAGUAUGAACCGUUACAUAGGCAAUUCCAUACUACCAUUAUUAAUUCAGCACAGUAAAUUCUAUAGUGAAGCGGAAAACUAUGCGUCACUUCUCGAUGCUACAUUACAUACAGUUUAUAGGCUGUCUAAAAAUAGGAUGCUUACUAAAGGACAAAGAGAGGCAGUAUCAGACUUUUUAGUCGCCUUGACAAGUCAGCUACAACCUUCAAUGUUGCUGAAGUUAUUGAGAAAAUUGACCGUUGACGUAUCAAAUUUAUCAGAAUACACAACUGUCGCUUUAAGGCUGUUGACAUUACAUUAUGAUCGGUGUGCUAAGUAUUAUGGCUCUAGUGGUGGACAAGGACUCUACGGUGCAGCCAGCGACGAAGAAAAGCGCCUCACAAUGAUGCUUUUCUCCAACAUUUUCGAUUCGCUUAGUAAAAUGGACUACGAUCCAGAACUAUUCGGUAAAGCACUACCUUGUCUUACCGCAAUCGGUUGUGCCCUGCCUCCUGAUUAUUCUCUUUCGAAGAACUACGAUGACGAGUGGUACUCCAACAAAGCAGCAAUGUCCGGCCCAGACGGACCGUACAACCCUCAGCCCAUUAACACGUCUUCGGUGCAGUUAAACAACGACUUAAAUAACAUUGUACAGCAGUUUUCGGAACAUUAUCAUGAUGCGUGGGCCUCCAGGAAGUUGGAAAAUGGGUGGAGGCACGGGGACUCGUAUUCGGGGUGGGAUGGAAAUAAAACGCAUCCUAGGCUUAAGCCUUAUGCGAUGCUUAGUGAUUAUGAGAGAGAAAGGUACAAGGAACCCGUAAGAGAGUCCCUUAAAGCCUUAUUAGCCCUCGGUUGGUCAGUUGAACACAUCGAAGUUGACUUACCCUCAAACAACCGAAGUUCCCAAUUCAGAGGAGAAAAUACAAGCGCCUUCGACUACAAUCCUCAUCCAGUCGACAUGACCAAUCUGACUUUAUCCAGAGAAAUGCAAAACAUGGCUGAAAGGCUGGCUGAAAAUUCGCACGAUAUCUGGGCAAGAAAGAAAAGGGAAGAACUCAACACUUGCGGCGGUGGUAUACAUCCACAACUAGUGCCUUAUGACUUACUUACCGACAAAGAAAAGAAGAAAGACAGGGAACGGUCACAAGAAUUCUUAAAAUAUUUGCAGUACCAAGGAUAUAAAUUGCACAGGCCGAACCGCGGAGGCCAACAAGAAACCGAACAAUCUACAGCAGGACCGUCAGUUGAGCUAAGGUUCGCCUACAGUUUACUAGAGAAACUGAUUCAAUAUCUGGACAAAGCCACGAUUAACAUGAAACUUUUAAAGCCUUCGCAAACGUUCAGCAGACGAAACUCUUAUAUCAGAUCGUCUAGGGAUAUAAAGUUUUUCUCGAAAGUGGUACUGCCCUUGAUGGAGAAGUACUUUUCGACGCAUAGGAACUAUUUUAUAGCGGUGGCGACGGCCACGAAUAAUACAGGGGCGGCCAGUUUAAAAGAAAAAGAAAUGGUGGCGGCGUUGUUCUGCAAGUUAGCAAGUUUAUUGAGGUCUAAGCUAGCGGCUUUCGGCGCUGACGUACGGAUUACUGUGAGGUGCUUGCAGGUUUUGGUAAAAGGUAUCGAUGCAAAAUCUUUGGUGAAGAAUUGCCCGGAGUUUAUCAGGACUUCUAUGUUGACAUUCUUUAAUAAUGUUGCCGACGAUUUGGGGCACACAAUUAUUAAUUUGCAAGAGGGAAAAUACAGUCACUUAAGAGGUACCCACUUAAAAACAUCUACCUCUCUAUUUUACGUCAACGCGGUGCUACUCCCAGUGUUAACCGCGAUGUUCGAUCAUUUGGCAAACUGCGAAUACGGCAGCGAUUUACUGUUGGAUGAAAUCCAAGUAGCAUCCUAUAAAAUUUUACAAGCGAUGUAUCAUUUAGGCACGGAUUUAACUCUCCAUCGAGAUCGGAAAUAUUUGAAAAAUGAAAUGGAAAAAUAUAAACCUGCUUUAGGAUCGUGCUUGGGAGCGUUUAGUUCGACUUUCCCUGUAGCCUUCUUGGAACCACAUCUUAACAAAAAUAAUCAGUUUUCGUUACUUAACCGAAUAGCCGAUCAUUCACUGGAAGCUCAAGACAUAAUGUCUAAAAUGGAGCAAUUCAUGCCCACCUUAGAGGCCGUUUUAUCGGAAGUUGAUCAAUUUGCUGAGAGUAACAGGACGUAUUCCGAUGACCCCCAUAUAAUAGACGUUAUAAUGCCAAUGUUGUGCUCCUAUUUGCCUUUCUGGUGGUCCCAGGGACCUGAUAAUGUCAGUCCUACUGGCGGGUCUUAUGUGUCUAUGGUUACGGCCGAACACAUGAACCAGCUACUUAAAAACGUCUUAAAACUUAUCAAAAAGAACAUUGGCAACGAAAAUGCUCCUUGGAUGACUAGAAUUGCCGCAUACACUCAGCAAAUUAUCAUAAAUAGCAGCGAAGAACUGUUGAAAGACUCCUUUUUGCCAUUGGCUGAAAGAGUUAAGAAGCGCACUGAAGCAAUGUUCCAUAAGGAAGAAAGCAUGAGAGGUUUUAUUAAAAGUAGUGCUGAGGAUACAUCACAGAUCGAAACUCAAAUCCAAGAAGAUUGGCAUCUCUUAGUACGCGAUAUUUACUCGUUUUACCCGUUGCUUAUAAAAUACGUCGAUCUUCAAAGGAACCACUGGUUAAGGCACAACGUAGAAGAAGCGGAACACCUUUACAAUCACGUGGCUGAAAUUUUCAACAUUUGGUCGAACUCGCAGUACUUCCUCCGGGAGGAGCAAAACUUUAUUUCGGCCAAUGAAAUCGAUAACAUGGUGCUUAUAAUGCCUACUGCUACCAGGAGAACGGUUGUGACCGAUGGAACUCAACCGUCUGUUGGAAAAGUUAAGAAGAAGAAGAAACAUCGCGACAAGAAACGAGAUAAGGAUAAAGAAAUUCAGGCUUCUCUUAUGGUAGCCUGUCUGAAACGUUUGCUACCAGUUGGAUUGAAUCUCUUUGCCGGACGGGAACAAGAACUGGUGCAACAUUGUAAAGACAGAUUCUUAAAGAAGAUGCCCGAGUACGAAAUUAUUGAUUUUGCCAAAAUUCAACUCACUUUGCCAGACAAAAUUGAUCCUGCCGACGAAAUGUCUUGGCAACAUUAUCUGUACAGUAAGUUAGGCAAAAAAGCCGUGACUGUUAAUACUUUGGACAGCAACGGGAAAAGUCAGUUGGAAGAAACCGUCGAAAGAAUCGUUGCCAUGAGCAAAGUUUUAUAUGGGUUACAUAUGAUCGAUCAUCCCCAACAACAGCAAAAAGGUGUUUAUAGAUCUAUCGUCUCUAUCCAAAGAAAGAGGGCUGUAUUAUCCUGUUUUAGACAAGCUUCUUUGCACAGUCUGCCAAGACAUCGGGCGAUAAACAUCUUCAUCCGGACCUAUCGAGACUUUUGGCUGCAAGACGAAAAUGUGGGUCAAGAAGUGAUGAUUGAGGACUUAACACAGAGUUUCGAGGAUUCGGAACUGAAAAAGAAAGACGAGGAAGAAGAAGAAGGCAAACCGGAUCCGCUGACGCAACUAGUUACCACUUUCUGUCGUGGUGCCAUGACUGAGAGGUCUGGUGCAUUACAAGAAGAUCCCUUAUAUAUGAGCUACGCAGAAAUCAUCGCCAAAUCCUGCGGUGAGGAAGAAGAGGAAGGCGAUGAGGGAGGCGAAGAAGGCGGAGAGGAGGAAGGACAGUCUUCUAUUCAUGAACAAGAAAUGGAGAAACAAAAACUGCUUUUCAACCAAGCCAGGCUUGCCAACCGAGGCGUAUCAGAAAUGGUGCUACUCCAUAUUUCCGCUUGCAAAGGCGUUCCAUCUGAAAUGGUAAUGAAAACCUUGCAGCUAGGAAUUUCAAUUCUGCGCGGCGGUAAUUUCGAGAUUCAGAUGGCCAUGUUAAACCACUUAAAGGAGAAAAAGGACGUCGGCUUUUUCACUAGUAUUGCAGGUUUGAUGAACAGCUGUGGUGUGCUGGAUCUGGAUGCGUUUGAGAGAAAUACUAAGGCUGAGGGCUUGGGGGUUGGUUCUGAGGGUGCUGCCGGCGAGAAGAAUAUGCACGAUGCCGAGUUUACCUGCCUACUAUUCCGGUUUAUUCAAUUAACAUGUGAAGGACAUAACUUGGAAUGGCAAAACUAUCUGAGAACCCAAGCCGGUAAUACUACGACUGUAAACGUAGUUAUCUGUACGGUCGAUUACUUACUGCGUCUCCAAGAAUCAAUUAUGGACUUUUAUUGGCACUAUUCAAGUAAAGAACUUAUAGACCCAGCUGGAAAAGCCAAUUUUUUCAAAGCCAUCGGAGUAGCUAGCCAAGUUUUCAACACUCUAACUGAAGUCAUUCAGGGUCCUUGUACCUUAAAUCAGCAGGCUUUAGCACAUUCCAGGUUGUGGGAUGCUGUGGGGGGUUUCCUGUUUCUUUUCUCUCAUAUGCAAGAUAAACUAUCUAAGCAUUCGAGUCAAGUUGAUCUUUUGAAAGAAUUGCUUAAUCUCCAGAAAGAUAUGAUCACUAUGAUGCUGUCCAUGCUUGAAGGUAAUGUUGUAAAUGGUACCAUUGGUAAACAAAUGGUGGACACCCUAGUGGAAAGUGCUUCCAACGUAGAAUUAAUUCUUAAAUACUUUGACAUGUUUUUAAAAUUAAAAGACUUGACAUCCUCGGCCAGUUUCCUGGAAAUUGAUAUUAAUAGUGACGGUUGGGUGUAUCCAAAAGACUUUAAAGAAAAAAUGGAGCAACAAAAAAGCUAUACACCGGAGGAAAUCGAAUUUUUAUUGGCAUGUUGCGAAACAAAUCACGACGGUAAGAUCGACUAUGUGGGUUUCAUCGACAGAUUCCACGAACCUGCCAAAGAAAUCGGUUUUAACUUGGCCGUUUUAUUAACAAACCUUUCUGAGCAUAUGCCUAACGAACCGCGAUUGGCGAGAUUUUUGGAAACCGCCGGUUCUGUUUUGAACUAUUUUGAACCGUUCUUGGGACGUAUCGAAAUCCUGGGUGGCAGCAAACGUAUCGAACGAGUUUACUUCGAGAUUAAAGAAUCGAACAUCGAACAGUGGGAGAAACCGCAAAUUAAGGAGUCAAAGAGGGCGUUCUUCUACUCCAUAGUAACCGAAGGAGGUGAUAAAGAAAAAUUGGAGGCAUUUAUUAACUUCUGCGAGGAUGCCAUUUUUGAAAUGCAACACGCGAGCGGUCUGAUGGCGGUUGAGGAAUCUGGGGGUGGCGGACCUACUAGGGCCACCACUUAUAGCUAUAUUACGGAUGAGGAUGAGCAAAGAGGAGGGAAAGAUCCAAUUCGACGAGCAUACCAAACCGUCAAAGAUGGAAUACAUUAUGGUUUAUCUGCAAUCAGUCCUUCAAAUAUUAAGCAUAAAUUUAAUGAAAUGCAACAAAUGACCAUUCCAGAACUUUUUGUAGGCUUCUUCAAAUUAAUCUUCUACACUUUCUACUACUCCGGAUUUGGUAUGGCCGUGGUAAUCAAAUAUUUCCUUGGAAUUUUAAUGUCUUUGAUGCGAGGACCCGUGGUGGAGGAACCAAUAAUCGAAACCAAGGAAGAAGAAAAAGUUCGGCAUCUACGAAUGUUGCCUCCUUUACCCGCACCGGAUGAUCCUAAUAUGCAAAUGCAGGCGUUCGGAGUAGAUAUAAAGAAAGAAGAGGACGGACAAUAUAAAAUGGCACCGCAUGAGUCUCCAACUGGAAGUCAACCCUCUUCUGCAGAAGGCGAAGGUGAAACUACUCCGGAAGAAGGAGGUGAAUCUCCCGAAACCGAAGUACCGGAACAGCCGCUAUCUUUAUCUGAUCUUUUAGGGGGUGAACAAGCUAAACUAGCAGCUCAAGAGAAAGCAGAGGCGCAAGCAGCUCAGCAAGCCGCUAUGCAAGCUAUCGAAUCGGAAAGCAAAGCCAAAACCACCACAGAACCUUCAGCUAUGCAGCAGAUCAAUUUCAGCGCAUAUACUCAUAGAGCUGUCUCUUUCUUGGCUAGAAAUUUCUACAAUCUUAAAUAUGUGGCUUUGGUGUUGGCUUUCUGUAUUAACUUUAUGCUGCUAUUUUAUAAGGUAACAACUUUAACUGAAGACUCGGACGGCAGUGGCAGCGGAAAAGGAUCGGGAAUAAUCGAUGGAUCGGGAGAAGGCAGUGGCUCAGGGGGGUCAGAAGAAGAUGAUGAUCCGCUCGAGAAAGUGAUAGUUGAUGAAGAUUUCUAUUAUAUGAGUCAUGUUAUGCGGUUAGCAGCCUUGCUACACUCCAUGGUGUCUUUGGCCAUGCUUAUUGCCUAUUAUCAUUUAAAAGUACCUCUAGCCAUCUUUAAAAGGGAAAAAGAAAUUGCAAGGCGAUUGGAGUUUGAAGGUCUUUUUAUAGCAGAGCAGCCAGAAGAUGAUGAUUUGAAAUCGCACUGGGACAAACUUGUCAUAUCUGCAAAAUCUUUUCCUGUUAAUUACUGGGAUAAGUUUGUCAAAAAGAAAGUUCGGCAAAAAUACAGUGAGACUUACGACUUUGAUUCGAUUAGCAGCCUUUUGGGCAUGGAAAAAACUUCCUUCCAACAACAAGAAGCCGAUGAUGGCCAUAAGAGUAUUAUUUGGUACAUAAUAAACAUCGACUGGCGGUAUCAAAUAUGGAAAUCGGGCGUCACUUUUACGGACAAUUCAUUCCUUUACUCCCUCUGGUAUUUUGUGUUUUCAAUUCUAGGCAACUUUAAUAACUUUUUCUUUGCCGCACAUUUACUGGACGUCGCCGUCGGUUUCAAGACGCUUCGCACAAUUUUACAGUCCGUAACGCAUAAUGGAAAACAACUGGUGUUGACUGUGAUGCUGCUGACCAUUAUCGUUUAUAUUUACACUGUGAUUGCUUUUAAUUUCUUCAGGAAGUUUUACGUUCAAGAAGAGGAUGAAGAAGUUGAUCGAAAAUGUCACGAUAUGUUAACGUGUUUUGUCUUUCAUUUGUACAAAGGCGUCCGUGCAGGCGGUGGUAUCGGUGACGAAAUUGAACCUCCAGAUGGCGAUGAUUAUGAAGUUUAUCGAAUUAUGUUCGAUAUUACCUUCUUCUUUUUCGUUAUUGUCAUUUUGUUGGCUAUCAUUCAAGGUUUGAUUAUUGAUGCUUUUGGUGAACUCCGUGACCAGCUAGAGAAGGUGAUAGAAGAUAUGGACUCUAAUUGUUUUAUUUGCGGACUGGAUAAGGGUUAUUUGGAUAAAGUUCCGCAUGGAUUCGACACUCACGUUCAACAAGAACAUAAUCUUGCCAACUACAUGUUCUUUUUAAUGCAUUUGAUCAACAAACCGGAUACUGAGCACACCGGUCAGGAAACCUACGUAUGGAAUAUGUACGUGCAAAGAUGCUGGGACUUUUUCCCCAUGGGCGAUUGUUUCCGGAAACAAUACGAAGAGGAAAUUUCUGGUGGUGGCGGUUAGGUACUAGUUUUAAUCUUAUUAUGCUCAAACUUUAAUUUUAAAAUAUUGUUUAUACACAGCAAACUUUGUUUGUAUAUAUUACGCUUGUACAAAGUGAUAAAGAAGUAAAUUAUGGCCUAGCUCGCUAAAUAUUUUUUAGCGUUCAGUAGGAGCAUUGUUUAUUAUUAGAGUUUAGUUAAUAUUUGAUCGGAGGCGUUGUAUAAUAAAGCGAUAUUUUAUCAAUUUA